AUGACUUGGUCACCCCCAAAAGAUUACAUGUCGCGGCCUAUCGUCGUCCUGGGCGGCGGUGUCUUGGGUCGUAGAAUCGCAGCUUGUUUUGCAAGCGUCGGAUGGCACGUCAUCAUCCGAGAUCCGUCUGAAAGGUCGAGGGCAGAUGCGGUUGCUUACAUAGAUGCAAGCAUCACCGACUAUCUCACCAUAUCCCAUGGAAAAAAGGGGUCAUGGGAGGCCACUGAGGACUUUGAUGCAGCUGUCAGGGAUGCUUGGCUUGUCUUUGAGGCUGUGCCAGAGAUAUUGAGCAUCAAGGAAGAUACCUUCCUGGCCCUUGAGAAGCAGGCCCCAGCAGAUUGUAUAUUGGCCUCUAAUAGCUCGUCUUUUAUGUCAAGGGAGCUUUUGGGCAAGGUCAAGGAAUCCACCAAGGCUCGGGUACUCAAUACGCAUUUCAUGAUGCCUCCUCAGGCUCUUAUCGUGGAACUCAUGACAUCUGGCAGCACCGCUAGUAACCUCUUCCCUUUCCUUUCGCAAGAGAUGACGAAGUGCGGGCUCAAACCUGUCACUGCCAAGAAGGAGUCGCCGGGCUUUAUUUUCAACCGUAUGUGGGCAUCUAUCAAGCGCGAAGUGCUCAUGGUCAUCGCGGAAGGAGUUGCGGACCCUCAGACCAUCGACCGAGUCUGGAUGGAUAUGUACCAGUCACCAACUGGUCCCUGCACUAUGAUGGGCGUAGGCCUUGAUACCGUUGAGCAUAUCGAGGAGAACUAUGUUGAAAAGCGUGGUUUACCCAAGACCACCUUGAAAUGGUUGCACGAGAACUACGUCGCCAAGGGAAAGCUGGGGAAUAAGUCGGAUCAAGGUGGACUGUAUCCUGUGCCACCGUCAGGCGAAAAGACCAAGCUCAUCGUCCUCAACUUUUACCAGGGUGCUAGCCCUGGGGAGCUGACGGCCGAGACUUACCUCUCUAGUGGCCAGAUCCUGGAGUUCUCGGUUGAGAAUAAGAACGCCCGUCCAAACGCGCUGGUCUCCGGACAGGCUGUCCCAGAUGGCAUCGACGUGUGCGAUGAUAGGAUGUAUUGGACUUGCAUGGGCUAUCCUCCAACCAAUGAUGGGGCUGUCUACAGCGCCAAGCUAGACGGUAGCGAUAUACGUACAGUUAUCCCCCGUGGUCAUGUCCAUACUCCCAAGCAACUGCACAUCAGCCAGAAAAGCAAGAAGAUCUACUUCUGUGACCGCGAAGGGCUCCGCAUUCAUCGAUGCAACCUGGACGGUUCAAAGCAUGAGAUUCUCUUUCAGACGGGCAAUUUUACUAAGGAGCCUGAAAAGGUCGCGGACCAGACCAACUGGCCUGUCGGUAUCACCGUGUCUGAUAAGCUCGGUAAGAUAUUCUGGACUCAGAAAGGUCCCUCCAAGAGCAACGGCGGUAGAAUCUUCUCUGCUGGUAUCGACAUACCUGAAGGCAGUGACGCGUCAUCGCGCAAGGACAUUGACCUAAUCGCCAAAGACCUACCGGAGCCCAUUGACCUUGAGUUCGACGAGGAUAACGGCGUGCUCUACUGGACUGACAGAGGCGAGAUGCCGCUGGGUAACACGCUCAACAAGAAGACCAUAGUGGGACAGCCGCCAGCCACUGAAAAUAAGCUCGGGAGACAGAUCAUUGCUCAAGGGUUCGCUGAGGCGAUUGGCCUGCGACUGGACAAGAAACGCGAUUGCAUUUACGUUGCUGACUUAGCGGGAAGACUAUGGCAGUGUGAGACUGUUCCAGGCCCUAAGAAAAAGAUUUUCGAGUCGGCAGGACAUGCGUAUACUGGCCUUGCCAUAGUUCGUGACUGA